UCCUCCAUUCUACAGAUAUUCACUCUACGAGUAAAACGAUAUACUUGUAUAUGACAAACAGAUAGAUUGAGAAACCUAAAUACAAUAUUACCACUCUCAAGCCAGCUGAAGCUACCUCGAAUUUAGUGCCUAGCUUAUACGCAACCUUAGCGAACUUGUUGCUCAUGACGAAUCCGCAUUCAAUUCAUUAAAAAAAAGUGAGAAAGUAAUUUAUUGUGUCGUCGCGUCGUCCGUCGGUUGUACAAAGUUCAUAGAAAAAUAAAAUAAAAUGGAUCAAAAACAUUCCAUGAUGUAUCCAAGUCUGACAGGGCGACCAGGUCAAGCGUCAUCUACGUCACAAAAUAAUGCAGAGCCGCCGGUGGAAGCGCCACCAUCGUACGAUAUGGCGAUGGGCGCUCCUUCCCCAUCCACUCAAAUUGGCUUUCAGAACCCAUCCCAAUAUCAUCCACCUACAAUCAGUGGUGGCUUGGAAAGUUACAAUGUCGAUCCAAUACAACAUCCCGUAGCCGUCGAAGAACCAGAAUCUGAAUCUCUUAAACUGGGUCCCAGACCGUCAAAAAUCACUUGUCCUGAAUGUGGAGAACGUCGGAGGACCCGAAUGCAUUUUACGGCCAACCGAAGGACCCACAUAUUUGCUGUGGUUCUCUGUCUUGUAGGAUGGUGCUGCUGUGCAUGUACUAUACCCUAUUGCAUGAGGAGUUGUAAGACUGGUCAUCAUUAUUGUUCCAAGUGUAACAGGUUCCUAGGUUCAUACGACCGGAAUGAUUACUGAAUCGAGAACAAAAUCAUCAUCAACAACAACAAAAAC